UAUGUUGUAUGAUGCUUUUUCAUGCAAUAAUGUCGCAUGCUUUUGCAUCCACAUUUUCCUUAAUCCCUGCUUCGUCACAGUCACAGAGUGAUCUUUUAUGAUUUUAGUUAUUGACUCCGUAUCAUCGAUACCACUUGUCUGUGACCCCAUUGCACUUCCAUUCCACUCAUGUCCCCGGUUCCGUUUAGUGCGUUAAUAAUCUUGGGUAUUCACUCUCUCUCUCGCUUUCCGUGUACAUAUGCAAUGUGUGAGUUUAGUGCUAAAUACGUGUAAUUUUAAUUAAUAGAUAGAUACGUGGUUUAAUAAUAAAUUAUUAAGGAGUCGUUUGAAUUUGUGGGUGUGAAAAUAAUGUUACUCCCGUUAAAAUUGGGGGUGGUUAAGAGAAACUUAAGCCACGCGGGGGUCCUAAUAACAAUUUAUUGGCUGUCCAGUUUACAACUUUCGCUAUCACAAAUUCCACAGCGAGAACCAGUAGAAACAAGUAGAAACAACCGAGUCUCAUUUUACCAACAACCCCUCCCACGACCACCAGGGCCAAAUCUAGUCUCGGGCGCAAUACCACUCCCCCUCACGCAACAAUUCGUACCAAGACGAUCAUCAGUGUCCCUUUCAAAUCCUGGAAUUACUCAGAAUUUCGUGCCGAUGGAUGAAAAUCAGAGAGAAAGCAGGUUGCAAAAGUACAAUAAUAAUAAUGAACGACGGUCCCAGCAGCAGCCCAGGAUAAUGGAUCCAUUAGCUUCCAAUCUCCAAAGGACUACACCUCUAAAUCCGCAUUUGACCAUUAAUAUGGGGUUGAGCAAUGUCAAAAAUGAAUCCGUGUCUUAUAUUCGAGUUAGUAAUAACGGAGCACAAGAUGAAUUUAUUCAAAUGAUCAUUCUAGACUCCAAAGGUCAUGGUAUCCCAGUAAAGCCAUCAGAAUUUCCACUUGGCGUCGGUGCCACUGCGGAAAUUCCGUUCACUUUUCCAAUGCCACGCAUGCAACAACAACAACAACAAGCAGAAUCACAAAUAUUUGAACGGUCAUCAUUAUCCAGUGGAAGAAUAAUGAGCAUUAACCCGUCCACACCCAAAUCGGUGGCGUCUGUUUCCUCCUCAAACAUGAUCACAGUUCUCGCUCGGGGGAAACGGGACAGCGUUCAGCGUUCCUUCGUUUUUGGAGAUCCCUAUGACGGAGCGAACUAUGACCUGGAACCAUUCUGCGUCGACAAAGACGUCACAGGAACAUGUCGAUACAGAGACGACCCGAUAGACUGUUUCCGCUGGGAGUGGACCGCUUAUGCGACAAUUCUUAAUAAUUAUGGUCCCAAUCAAAAGAUAACUUCACUUCCGGAAGGACUAUUCCUCACACCAGGAGAACAUGGACGAGUCAGAGUCUAUCUGAAAAUAUCGUGUUGCACCCCAUACGUCCAAUUUAUCGCGACCGAUAUUCACCACCAUACUGCACUUAAAUCCUGCGUUGUGGACGUUAGAGAACUGCAAACUCUCCAUCCUGGGGAAAUUGCUGGAAUUGUGAUCGGUGUGGUGCUUCUUAUCGCCAUAAUUAUUGCCAUCAUUGUCAUCUGCGUGAGGAGACGAAGGUCAGAGACGAUCAACAACAAUGUCAACAAUGUCAGCAUGAUACCAAGGCUGCGAGGUCGGACGAGGGAUAAGGAAGGCAUUACCAGAGUCCACUGAUGAAAAAAAGGCCCCGAACUUAAUAAUUGUUUUUGUUACUAUCUUUUCCCUUCGUAUUUUUUUCUGUGUUGUUUGAAAUUUUAAAAUAAAGUGUUAUC